ACUUCUAAAUCUGUUGUCAUCUUAUUCCUCAUAAUUGCAUGCCACUCCUUAUAUGAAGACCAAAGUUUCAUCAUUAUAGCCUUCAUUCAUGUAUUUUUAUUUUGCAUGGUCAAUAUUGUAUUCAACGAAUUUCAGCUCCUGCAUAGCCUAACAUAUUCUAAGUACCAAAACAGCACCUUGAUUUAAUCUUUUUGCAAACUGCAAUAAGAUAACUGCUUUUUACACCCCCCUUAAAACUUUUCUACCUUAACAUUCAUCAUUUUUUUCCAUGGAGUAUCUCUUAGUUUUGGUUCUUGCAUUUUCUACAUUGUUAUAUGUUACUUCUGCAUUGAACUUUGAGGGCUUGGUUCUGUUAUCACUAUUGAAGCAUUGGACUUUUGUGCCUAAUACCAUAAACUCAACAUGGAAACCCUCUGAUUCCACUCCAUGUUCAUCAUGGGAAGGAGUUGAAUGUGAUCAUGCUUUCCAUGUAAUAUCAUUAGAACUAAGUAAUUAUUCAAUUUUUGGUCAAUUAGGACCUGAAAUUGGAAAUUUGGUUCACCUUGAAACCCUAGAUUUGUCAAUUAAUGAUCUAUCAGGUGAAAUUCCACUAGAAUUAAGCAAUUGUAGCAAGCUUCAGUACUUGGAUAUUUCAUCAAACAAUUUCAGUGGUGAAAUUCCAAAAUCCUUGUUUGAAAUUAAUCCCUUGGAAGAAUUGUAUCUCAAUAAUAAUAGUUUGAGUGGUUCCAUUCCUUCUAGUAUUGGAAACCUCACUAAACUAUUUUCACUAGAUUUUGGGCAUAAUUUGUUGUCAGGUACAAUUCCUAUGUCCAUUGGAAAUUGUAGUAAAUUGAGUUUUGUGGUUUUGGACUCAAAUCAAUUGGAGGGAAUUCUUCCUGAGAGUUUAAACAAUUUAAUAGAUCUUUCUGAUUUAAGUCUCAAUUCUAAUAAUCUUGGAGGUAGUAUUCAUUUGGGAUUGAGAAAUUGCAAAAAGUUGAAUUAUUUGAGUCUUUCAUACAACGAAUUUAGUGGCAGUAUUCCAUCAAGUUUAGGGAAUUGCAGUGGUAUAAUAGAGUUCUAUGCUGCUGAUAAUAAUUUAAAUGGAAGUAUACCAUCAACCUUUGGUCUCCUUCACAAUCUUACUAAGCUAAUAAUUCCAAAUAAUCUUUUGUCUGGGAAUAUACCUCCACAAAUUGGUAAUUGCAAAUCAUUGGACAUGUUGCAUUUGUAUACCAAUGAACUUGAGGGAGAAAUUCCUAGUGAAUUGGGAAACUUGAGAAAAUUGCGCGAUAUUCGAUUGUACGAAAACUUUUUGGUAGGAGAAAUUCCACUUAGCAUAUGGAAAAUUCAUAGCCUUGAGCAUGUCCUUGUGUACAAUAAUAGUCUCUUGGGGGAGUUACCUAUUGAGAUGACAGAGCUUAAAAAUCUAAAGAACAUAUCAUUGUUUAGCAACCAAUUCUCUGGAGUUAUACCUCAAACCUUAGGAAUUAAUAGCAGUUUGGUGCAGUUGGACUUUAUGUUUAACAUGUUCACUGGUACAUUACCACCAAAUCUUUGUUUUGGAAAGCAAUUAGUGAAGCUGAAUAUGGGUGGCAAUCAGUUUAAUGGAAGCAUACCUUCUGAUGUAGGAAGGUGUACAACUCUCACAAGGGUGAGACUUGAAGAUAAUAAUUUUACCGGGCUUCCUGAUUUUGAAACUAAUCCGAAUAUAUCGUACUUGAGCAUCAGCAAGAACAAUAUCAAUGGAACCAUUCCACCAAGUUUGAGAAACUGCACAAAUCUCUCUCUUCUAGAUUUAUCCAUGAACAGCUUAACAGGUUUUGUACCCUUAGAGCUUGGAGACCUUUUGAAUCUUCAGACUUUGAAUCUCUCUCACAAUAACUUGGAAGGUCCUUUGCCACAUCAACUGUCAAAGUGUACCAAAAUGAGUAGUUUUGAUGUUGGAUUCAAUUCCCUUAAUGGUUCGUUUCCAUCGAGUUUGGGAAGCUGGACAACAUUAAGAACUUUGAAUCUCAGAGAGAAUCGUUUUAGCGGUGGAAUCCCAGCUUUCUUGCCAGAAUUUGAAGAGCUCAAUGAGUUACAACUUGGUGGAAAUAGUUUUGGAGGAAAUAUUCCUAAUUCAAUUGGAGCAUUGAGGAAUUUGUUAUAUGGUUUAAAUCUAAGUGCUAAUGGACUAGUAGGUGAGCUUCCUAGUGAGAUUGGAAAACUGAAGAGUCUGCUAAAACUGGAUCUAUCUUGGAACAAUUUGACAGGAAGCAUACAAGUUCUUGAUGAGCUUAGCUCAUUAACUGAAUUGGAAAUUUCAUACAAUUCUUUUGAAGGACCUGUGUCACAACAGCUGAUCAACUUACCAAAUUCUUCUUCAUCAUUUUUAGGCAAUCCUGGCCUGUGUGUUAGCCUUUCAUUAACUGAUGAUUCGAAUUUCACAAGAAGCGGCUCUUUAAGGCUAUGUGAAUCAAAAAGCCACAGUAAAGUUGCAAUUGUGAUGAUAGCACUUGGAUCCUCAACAUUUGUCGUGAUCUUGUUUGGACUAAUUUAUAUAUUUUUACUCAGAAAGUCUAAGCAGGAAGCUGUCAUCUACAAGGAAAAUGAUUGUUCAGACCUUCUCAAGAAAGUGAUGGAAGCUACAGAGAAUCUAAAUGAUGAGUAUAUUAUAGGCAGAGGAGCUGAAGGAGUUGUUUACAAGGCUGCAAUAGGUCCAGACAAAAUUUUGGCAGUGAAGAAGAUUGUAUUUGGCGAGAACGAAAGGAAACGCUUAAGCAUAACGAGAGAAGUUGAAACUCUUUCAAAGAUUAGGCAUAGAAAUUUGGUAAGACUAGAAGGUGUUUGGUUGAGAGAAAAUUAUGGUCUAAUCUCAUACAAAUACAUGCCAAAUGGAAGCCUUUAUGAUGUUUUGCAUGAGAAGAAUCCGCCACAAUCCUUAAAAUGGAGUAUGAGGAAGAAGAUAGCUGUUGGAAUUGCUCAAGGAUUGGGUUAUCUUCAUUUUGAUUGUGAACCUGUCAUAAUACAUAGAGACAUCAAAACAAGCAACAUACUAUUAGAUUCUGAAAUGGAGCCCCAUGUUGCUGAUUUUGGUCUUGCUAAGCUUUUGAAUCAAACAUCUAAUUCUUCCUCAACACAGUCAAUAGAUGUUUCAGGCACACUUGGAUAUAUUGCACCAGAAAAUGCUUAUACAACUACAAAGGGAAAGGAAUCUGAUGUAUACAGUUACGGAGUAGUUUUGCUUGAAUUGAUAUCAAGAAAGAAGGCAUUAGAUCCAUCAUUUAUGGAAGGAAUGGAUAUAGUUAUUUGGGUAAGAUCUUUGUGGGAGGAAUCAGGAGUUGUUGAUGAAAUUGUUGAUUCAGAACUUGCCAAUGAAAUUUCAAAUUAUAAUGCUAAUGUGAUGAAAGAAGUAACCAAUGUGCUUUUGGUGGCUUUGACAUGUACAGAAACGGAUCCACGUAAGAGAUUUACAAUGAGAGAUGUUAUCAAGCAUCUGUAGUUUGUAGAUGAUCUACACACUAUAUAGUUUUCUUAAGCCUUGCACAGCUUGCAAAUUAUGGCAACUUUUUAUAUAUAUCUUUUUAAAACAUUCUAUAGUGUAUAUUAUUUAUAAACAAAGUUUAGGGGAAGUGAUGUUGCUCAAGUAGAUUAAACAUAAGGACUCAUAUUUUAGCAUAUAUAGUACAAAGUGUGUGAGUAUAUUGAUAUAAUAUAUAUUUCGUAGAGAUUUAAAUCGGUAGA